GUCAGAGAGCGGGGCCAAGAUGGCCGCUCCCAUGUGCGACGUGUUCGCCUUUUGCAGGGAGGCGGCCGCCCAAGCCCGCCGCGCCCUGGAGCUCCGCUACAUCGGCAGCACCAAGGGGAAGGGACUUUUUGCUACCAGGAAGAUCCGCAAGGGAGAAACCAUUUUUGUAGAGAAGCCGGUGGUAUCAGCCCAGUUCCUCUGGAACGCCCUGUAUAAAUACAAAGCCUGUGACCACUGCUUGCGAGCCCUGGAGACGGCAGAAGAGAAUGCCCAAAGGCUGCUGGGAAGAUUUCAGGCCCUGCCUCAUCCGGAGCAGUGUGGUAUCCACAAAGACCUGCAUCAGAUCUGCCCCAGUUGUCAGGUUGUGUAUUGUAGUCCAGAAUGCCGACAGGCAGCCUGGGACCAGUACCACCAAGUCUUGUGCCUCGGACCCUCCAGGGAGGACCCCAAUCAUCCCCUCAACAAACUACAGGAGGCCUGGCGCGUUGUCAUAGAUACCCCUGCUGGUCCUCUCAGCCAGCCUCUCGAGCCACUAUACCUAGGCUUGCCUUGUGUCCUCUUAUUAAAUGUUCUUUUCCUUCCUGGGGUUGAUUGGUUUUUCCAGGGCCAGCUGGAAGUCCUACGCCUGCUCUUCACAGAAGCGCUUUAUGAAGAACACCUCAGCAGGUGGUUUUCCCCUGAUGGCUUCCGCUCUCUGUUUGCCCUGGUGGGCACCAACGGCCAAGGAAUGGGAACCAGCUCCUUAAGCCAGUGGGUCCACGCCUGCGAUGCCCUGGAACUUCCCCCCCAGGAGCGAGAGCAGUUGGACGCUUUCAUAGACCAGCUUUACAAGGACAUUGAGAAAGAGACAGGAGAGUUCCUCAAUUGCGAGGGGUCCGGCCUCUUUGUGCUGCAAAGCUGUUGCAACCACAGCUGCAUUCCCAACGCCGAGGCCUCGUUCCCAGACAACAAUUUCUUGCUCCACCUGACAGCCUUGGAAGAUAUCCAGCCCGGGGAGGAGAUCUGCAUCAGCUACCUCGACUGCUGUCAGCGAGAGAGGAGCCGCCACAGCCGGCACAAGGCGCUCCGGGAAAAUUACCUGUUUAUCUGCUCCUGUCCAAAGUGCCUGGCCCAAGCCGAUGACCCCGACGUGACAUCGGAAGAGGAGGAAGAAGAAGGCGAAGGGGAGCCAGACGACGCAGAGCUGGAGGACGAGAUGACAGACGUUUGAUCCCGGGGCCUGGGGUGGGCUGGGGGCUCGUAAGGCAGCGGCGCUGUCAUUUCAGGACUUGGGCAGGGGACGGUGCUGCCGGCCGAAGGAAGGACUGCGGCCUCCCAGAGAGGAGCACGGAGGAAGGAGGAAGAGCGCGUUCCAUGUCCUUCUUGCUCUUCUGGGCAGGCGUCUCUUCUCCGAUGGCAAAAGAGGGCUACCUCUUGACUCUUAGCCACAGACAUUCCCCCCGCUCAACAUGGCCUUCCGGCAGGGGAGGAACAGUGUGGUUGGGUGCAGUAAAUAUUUUGCCAUGCAAAA